AUGUACGUGAAGAAGGAAGAUAUCCCUAAACCUAUCACAGAGGCUCCUCAAUACUCAAUCCUUGAUACAACAAAGAGCAAUGAGCCUGCAUAUUUGGUAAGAAUUCCUGAAUUUAUUUAUGAAACAUUUAAAGCUACAAAUCAAUCUGGUCAAAUCGGGACAAUUACCAUUAAUCAUAUGCCAGGUGGCAAAGAGGAAUUUGUAAUCCAACUUACUAAUGGAUUGCCAUAUACUGUUCCAGUAGAAAUGCUUCCUUCAAAUUAUAGGGUUGAAAUGGAUAAACAGUCAAGAUUGACAUCGCAAUAUCUCUUCACAUCAACUACUGAAACUGGCUACGUCAGAAUUGCCGGCAAAAUCUCUAAUACCGGCCAUUUAUUAUCAGAUGAAAAAGAUAAAUUUAGGAAUUGCUCUAGCUAUAAGCAAGACAUUGCAAGGAAUGAAAAGAAAGAGAAGAAGAAAUCCAAAAUCGUCGAGCCUUCAAGCGAAGCCAAGAUCGAAGCUCGUCAUGUCGCUACAAACAAGAGAGAGACAAAGGAGAAGAACAUGCGCUUAUCUGUGGACGAUCUCAGAGCUCGUAUCUUCGAGCAAUUUAAGAGAAGCGAUGAAUGGAGUAUCCAAGAUCUUGUUAAAGUCAUUCAACAAGACCAAGGCUAUAUCGCUGAUGUUAUUAGAAAUAUCGCUAAUUACGAUUCUACAACUAAGACAUAUAGGUUGAAAGAUGCAUACAAGAAUUUAUAA